GAAGGUUUCUAGAAGGCUGCUCUCCCUCUGUGCACAUACUAUGUGGCCCAAGAGGAGUGCUGCCCCCUUUCUGCUGACUGGCUUCCCAGGUCUGGAGGCAGCCCAUCACUGGAUCUCCAUCCCCUUCUUUGCAGUCUACAUCUCUGUGCUUCUUGGCAAUGGUACCCUCCUCUACCUCAUCAAGGAUGACCAUGGUCUUCAUGAACCCAUGUACUAUUUCCUUGCCAUGCUGGCAGGCACAGAUCUUGCGGUGACAUUGACCACGAUGCCAACAGUAAUGGGUGUCUUAUGGGUGAAUCACCGAGACAUAAGCCAUGGGGCCUGCUUCCUGCAGGCCUAUUUCAUUCACUCCCUUUCCAUUGUAGAAUCAGGUGUCUUGCUUGCCAUGGCCUAUGACCGUUUCAUUGCCAUCCGCACCCCUCUGAGGUACAACUCCAUUCUUACCAAUUCUCGGGUGAUGAAGGUAGGAUUGGGGGUAAUAAUAAGGGGCUUUUUAUCGCUUGUGCCCCCAAUUCUGCUGCUUUUUUGGUUCCCAUAUUGCCAUUCCCAUGUUCUUUCCCAUGCCUUUUGCCUCCAUCAGGAUGUCAUGAAACUCGCCUGUGCCGAUAUUACCUUUAAUCAUGUAUACCCAGUUAUUCUGGUUGCUUUGACUUUCUUCCUAGAUGCUCUGAUUAUCUUCUUCUCUUAUAUCCUCAUCCUUAAGACAGUGAUGGUCAUUGCCUCAGGAGAGGCACGAGCUAAGGCCCUCAACACGUGUGUCUCCCAUAUCAGCUGUGUCCUAGUCUUUUACAUCACAGUGAUUGGCCUGACUUUCAUCCACAGGUUUGGGAAGCAUGCCCCACAUGUGGUCCACGUUACCAUGAGCUAUGUCUACUUUCUCUUUCCUCCAUUCAUGAACCCCAUAAUAUACAGCAUCAAGACCAAGCAGAUUCAGAGAAGCAUUGUUUGCCUAUUUUCUGUGCACAGUAGGGCUUGAGACUCUAUUUCAGAAUCUUGAGAUCUCUAGGAUUUUUUUGCCUUUCCUAUUAUUGGAAGAGAACCUAG